AUGGAUGAAUACCCUCAAGGGGGCCAGUCCACCUACGCUGAGACCUACAUGUUUUGGAACCUUGGGUGUCUGUGCAAAACUCUACACUUCCAAUUCCUGAGUGUCUUGAUGCACACCACCUCCCACUUGCCUCACCUUGAAGCCAUCCUCCAUGCCAACAACAGUUACCUCUCUGAGGCCAAGGCAAAUGGCUUUGUGACUGUUUGGCCCAGCAACAAGCCAUCCUUCACUGUGCCUGUCACCCUUUGA